CACGUCCUGGAGGCAGUCCCCCGUGUUACCUCGUACGCACCCGCACCGCACGCAGAGACGCGGCAGGAAGUGCGCGCAACUCUCCCGAGGACCGGAAGAGACGAGCAAUCUCGCUGGUCUCGCUCGAGAAGUUUCCUGAUAACUUGAAGCCUCCUAGGAUCGAUCAUCCUGAAAUCUUGCGACUGUCCGGAACGGAAGUGAGCGAUAUGUUCUGAGAUAGUGGAGGAGGUGCUGUCUCGCAGGCUAGUUCGGUGACGAGCGUGUUGGUGGACAGUGAAGGAUACGAGACUGAUCCUGAUGAAAUCAGAGCUCACGGGAAGGACCAGCUGGAUGCCGCUGGAGAUACCACUGGUUACCGCUCGUGGAUAAUCGUCGGUUACGUUGUCGGGGGUUUCGCGCGGUUUCCUCGCCUAUUGAAUUAGAUUCCCGCCUCGAGGGGGGAAUCGAAGCAAUUUCGCCGAUUGCACGGGACUCGAUCGCUCCCGAGGAACUUCCCUCCGAUCGGAUUCUCCGCGUGUUUCUCGUGUAACGGAAAGAGAUAUCGAGGUAAAAGGAUGGCUUGACGUCUAACAUGAGAGAAGAAUUCGUACGAGUGCAAAAGGAAGCGCAGAACGCGGGGAGAGUUCCUUUCGAAGAAAGGUAACGGUUGAUUUUCAUCUCAGACGCGGCAGGUAGAAAACGUUGCCGAAUCACGCGACCGAAUUCUCGAACAGGCGCCUCUGGUUCCUCCGGUGACGCGGAAGUGGACGAGAAGUAAUCGGAGCGCGAGGAAGUCGCGGCUGAACGAGAGCGGACACGACCUAGUGCGACGUUACCGAGGUGGCCGUCCCGUCGGGGCAGGGGGGAGGGGGGGUCGAAGCGGUGUGGAACGAAUCGCUCGCAAACGCACGGCUACUUCUCGAGUUCGGCGAUUUACGCCGCCGGAGUUCGUUCGCCAGAUCGAGGGGAGAAUUUGUUGUUUGCUCGAGUCAAGGUAUACGAGCUGGAAGGAGAAGGAAAGAGUGAAAAGUGCCACGUGAAAUAGCACGCGACUGCUCGGACUGAGUACCGGCGGGACCACACACACCAUCGUGCGUCUGCCCACACACACGCACGCGUACGCACAAUCACGAAGACCCCUCGGCCAAAUAUACCUUCCACAGGACGAGGAUGCCGAGCGCUGACUGAUAACGCAUGUCGUGGUGGUAGCGCUCUCGGGGAGGAUGUUCCACGGGGGCGGAAGUGGCGGGUACGGCGCAGGUUCCGACUACCAGCAACAGUCCCAGCAGCAGCAGCAGCAGCAACACGGGCAGCAGCUCCAGGCGCCCGUCUACGUUCCUUCGUCCAGGCCGGCGAUUCCAUCCGCAGCCACGGCGGCGCAAUAUCAUUCUUUCCCCACUUCGGCCUCGCCCGCAUGGGAAAAGACGACAUCCUGGCAGCACGGGGUGGAGACGUACGCGCAUCACGCGCUCGCCAGCCACACGAGCGGCACCGCAGCGGCGAUGGGGCCGCACGCGGGACACGGUCAUCCGCACGCAGGACACCCGCACACGGCGCAUCCUCACUCCUCCCUCGCCGCAGCCGCGGCAGCACCGUUCUACGCCCAGAACGUCGCGAUGAUGUCGUCCUGGCGGGCCUACGACGGCGCCGGCUUCCAGCGCGCGUCGCCUUAUGACACCGCGAUGGAGUUCCCAUUCGGCGAGGGUCGCGAAUGCGUCAACUGCGGAGCGAUAUCGACGCCGCUCUGGCGAAGGGACGGCACCGGUCAUUAUCUCUGUAACGCAUGCGGACUUUAUCACAAGAUGAACGGCAUGAACAGGCCGCUCAUCAAGCCCUCGAAACGCCUGAUGUCGGAAUUUCAGACCGCGACGAGGCGACUCGGGCUCUGUUGCACGAACUGUGGCACCCGCACCACCACCUUGUGGAGGCGCAACAACGACGGCGAGCCGGUGUGCAACGCCUGCGGGUUGUACUUCAAGUUGCACGGGGUCAACAGGCCGUUGGCCAUGCGCAAGGACGGCAUACAGACGAGGAAGAGGAAACCGAAGAAAACCCCGGAGCCGAACGCAAGAUCGUCCACAGGAGACCACGAGACCAGCGCUUCGACCACAUCCUCUCCCUCCACGGACUUAAAGAGCAAUCAGCAACAGCAGCAGCAGCAUCAGAUCGAGGUGACGAAGUCGUCGGGUUCGUCGACGUCGACCGACCGACCAGUCUACCUCGGUCACACCUCGCUGUUAGCCACCGGGAGCGUGCCCGCCGUGAAAACGGAGCCGCGCAGCUGCGACGGCGUCGUCGGCCAGCCGUACGCGUCCUACUACCAGCACCCUCACCAGCUCGCCGCCAGCAGCGAGCAUCAGCAGCAGAGCUACUACAGCGCCCAAGAGGCGCCCUAUCAUCAUCAGCACCACGUCACCGCGGCGGCGAAACUGCUCGCGUCCUCAUAAAUCGCUCGACGAAUCGGAAGUCUACCGAAAUCAUCCUGAGGACGAGUCUCGAUGACGGCCCGGACACGUCGAGACCAAGGUGAGGAAGACUCGCCCGCGGCACGAGACUAGUCAAGAACGGGCGUCGCGGAAGCUGGUGUCCUCGGGUCACCGGCCCUCGUAAUGAGGAAUCAAGAGGAAAGGGCGAGCGGCACUUGGAGUGCUCGAGACACUUCUCUGACGAGUGGAAGGACGGUUCUUCCGGAUAGGUGACGGACGUGCGAACUGUUUCGAAAUUCGGAGAGAAAUGUUGAUCGCGAGAAAGUGUUUUUCUCGAUUCUACGGGGGGGAUAAUUGAGACACGAAAGAGGAAUCUACGCGGGCACACGGAUGUGUUUUCGGAUGUGUGUUCGGCGAGAAACGGCGGAGGAGGAAGAUGCGUCGGUGUGCCUCGAUGUCGGAUUUGAACAUGUCGUCGAAGGACACGCUAUCCUAAUCGGGGGGAAGCUGGAUCUCUAGUCAAUGACAGGGAUUGUAGAAAUUACGGAAGAAGGACGUUCGCUCGCGCGGCUGGUUUAACGACUCGCGAGGAAAUCGGACGGAGCUAUAAAAAUAUGGCGAAAGGAACGGGACGUUUAACAUUUUACGCGUUGCGACGCGGCACAUUUGCAUGCUUAACUGCGCGCUCUCUUGCGUCCCCGCUCGAGUAUAGCCCGACACAUGUAAAUAGCCGAAUUACGAGAAAAUAAUAUAAUUCAUGCAAGAGUGCUUCCCGAUUUAACGAAGACACGACGCGCGAAGGUAACGGAAACGGCGGAUUAUCGGUAGGCCGCGUGUCAGCGAAAGAGAAAGGAAAAAAGGAAACGAAUCGAUACGAGUGGAAAUAAUAUUGUACUUCUUUUUCUCCUGUUGCGUUUAAAGAACAAUGGAGCAUCGCACUUCUUCAUCACGCCGUAUUCCUCACACGUAAUAGCGUUUCAACGUAUCGAUAAAUAUAUAAAUGGGAAAGAUGCCUCCGUGUCAGUUACGUGUCGAAAUAGUCAACGUCCCCGCCUACGCCGAUUCCCCAGCACGAUUAUUAUUUGCCGUUACGCGGCAAACGCUCGCACGCGAAGUACUUAAUUGUAAAUAAAUAAUCCUUACAACGGUGAAACACACCGCAGUUUUUAGAAAUAUAAAUCCGACCGUUUCGGCCCCUCGGCGAUCUCGACGAUUUAUUUGAUGUAGUAAUCACCGAAUCGGAUGCUCGCGAUAACCGCCCUCGAAAUGAUCGGCCGAAACAUACGCUGAAUCAUUUCGUUGGAAUUACUUCUCUUAGACGGCCAAAAAAUGUACGGUUGUUUACUUACUACUUAUCUGAUCUCGCGGAUGUACACGAUGUAGACGUUAAAUUGAUAUAAGCUCACCGAGAUACGGGAUAGAUAGAUGCGGAUUUUCAGUCGCAAAGUAGAGGCAAAGCGAAAGAUUUCUCGAGGCACAGCAAUAUUUUAUCGGACUUGUAACAUUAACCUUCGCACAAAUAUCGUAAGGACUCACCCCGACAGAAGAAGAGGCGAAUGACGUGAGCCACCCCCGACGUACCUAGCCGCAAACGACAAGAGGAAGAUGAUUAUGAUGAUGACGAUGAUGACGAUGAAGAUGAGCCAUCUUUAUAAUUUAUUGACUCGAGGCCCCCAGGGCCUCGGUUGCUAUGGUUCCCUGAAACAUACGUUUAGUUAACGUUAACUGAGAGAACGAACUUUUUAUGUAUAGUUCCUGUAUUAACUAUUUUUGCGACUCGCAAUAAAGAAGAUGAUUUUUACUAUCGGUUAAGAUAGGCAGAAACUGUGUUUUCCCCCCGUGAGCCGUGAGGGAAGAGAUGUCUCAUUCGGAAUAAUCUGGUGACUCAAUAAAAAUCAAUAACGAAUAGAAAGCAUAAAUCACCGAUUCGCACUGCACCAUUGCGAUAAAAUACCCUUUAAACUUUUGAAUAUGAAUAAAUAAGUUAUCGAUGCGAUAACAGUGAGCAUAACGAUAACGUGGUGACGUAACACAUAAAUUGUAGCGAUAUUGCUUGAGAAGGCAAAUCGGUUUAUUUGUACAUAUUCAAAAGUGACGAGGAUAACUACAAACCACCUUGUACAACGACGAAAAGUACUUGAUAUCAUUUGUGUAAAGUCAGAGGCGUUUUUCACGCCUGAUUGUAUCACUGAUAAAUAA